AUGGAAGAGGGUAAGGCGGAGCAGUGGACCCACCGCCAGACAUUUUACUCGGCAAUGAUCGCGGCCAAGUUGACCCACAAUGCGGCUCAGCGGAUAAACGCCUUCGAAAUCACCCGGGUCCAAUCACUGAUCAAAGCGGUAAAGGAACACUUCAAGCCAGAAGGUUCAGGGACAUAUAUGAAUCUUCAGAGACGGUACAUAUCACUCACCCGAGCAAAAUUUGGGAGUGCACAAGCCCUCGGAGCUGAGAUCAGAAAAAUUCAUGCCGAGAAGCUUUUACUCGACCCCGCAUAUGUCACCUCUAAGAUCGAACGAACAUUCUUUUUCCUCCAUGCAUUAGGCCCGGAAUAUGAGAGCUUUCGCGACCAUAUCUUCAGACAAAUGGACAUAGUCAAUGACAGAGACGAGGACGGAAAUAUCACCAAAGCAGCUCCUACAUUUAACUACAUCGAAAAUAAGGCCAUUGAGGAGGAGCAUAGGAAGGGUCAGCUGGGCAACCAGCCCACUAAUACGAAUGCGCUUCCUACCUUCACACUUAGCCAGAAGCCUCGAGACAGGAAAAUGGGAAAACAUGCCGAAUCGAGAUGA